AUGUCUGCGAAACCAGAACAGUUCGAGUUUCAGGCAGAAAUCAGCCAGUUGCUCUCCCUUCUAGUUAACACCAUCUACUCAAACAAGGAGAUCUUCCUCCGAGAACUCAUUUCCAACUCCUCAGACGCCCUAGAUAAAAUUCGCUAUGAAGCUCUCUCGGAUCCAUCGAAGCUCGAUUCGGGCAAAGACCUCCGUGUCGACAUCGUCCCAGACAAGGACAAUAAGACCUUGACAAUACGAGACACUGGUAUUGGCAUGACCAAAGCUGAUCUCGUCAACAAUCUCGGCACCAUCGCACGUUCGGGCACGAAGCAGUUUAUGGAAGCUCUUAGCGCAGGUGCCGACGUAUCUAUGAUUGGACAGUUUGGUGUUGGUUUCUACUCUGCAUAUCUCGUUGCCGACAAGGUGACUGUGGUCUCAAAACACAACGAUGACGAGCAGUACAUUUGGGAGUCAAGCGCCGGUGGUACUUUCACCCUAGCUCAAGAUGAGGAGGGUGAGCAGCUCGGCCGUGGCACCAAGAUCGUCCUACAUCUCAAGGAUGAGCAAACAGAUUACCUCAACGAGAGCAAGAUCAAGGAGGUAGUCAAGAAGCACUCUGAGUUCAUCUCCUACCCUAUCUACCUGCAUGUGCUCAAGGAGACCGAGAAGGAAGUUCCAGACGAGGACGCAGAAGAGGCCAAGGAGACGGAGGAAGAUGAAGAUCAGAAGGCCAAGAUCGAAGAAGUCGACGAUGAGGAUGAGGACAAGGAGAAGGAAAAGAAAGCUAAGACGAAAAAGGUCAAGGAGAGCAAGAUCGAGGAGGAAGAGCUCAACAAGACGAAACCUAUCUGGACUCGCAACCCGCAAGACAUCACGACCGAGGAAUAUGGCUCCUUCUACAAGUCCCUAUCUAACGACUGGGAAGACCAUCUGGCUGUCAAGCAUUUCUCUGUUGAGGGUCAACUUGAAUUUCGCGCAAUCCUAUUCGUCCCCAAGCGUGCGCCUUUCGACCUUUUUGAGACAAAGAAGACCAAAAAUAACAUCAAGCUCUAUGUUCGCCGUGUCUUCAUCACUGACGAUGCUACCGAUCUCAUCCCCGAAUGGCUAAGCUUCGUAAAGGGCGUCGUCGACUCCGAAGAUCUUCCACUGAAUCUGUCUCGUGAGACUCUUCAACAAAACAAAAUCAUGAAAGUCAUCAAGAAGAACAUUGUCAAGAAGACUCUCGAGCUCUUCACAGAAAUUGCUGAAGAUCGCGAACAAUUCGACAAGUUCUAUAGCGCCUUCAGCAAAAAUAUCAAAUUGGGCAUCCAUGAGGACUCCCAAAACCGAUCGACACUCGCGAAGCUUUUGCGAUUCAACUCAACCAAGUCGGCUGAUGAGACUACAUCUCUUACCGACUAUAUCACUCGUAUGCCCGAGCACCAGAAGCAAAUGUACUAUAUCACUGGUGAAUCACUUAAGGCCGUUCAGAAGUCCCCAUUCCUUGACUCGCUCAAGGAUAAGGGCUUCGAAGUCCUCUUCCUUGUUGACCCUAUCGACGAGUAUGCUUUCACUCAACUCAAAGAAUUUGAAGGCAAGAAACUUGUCGAUAUCACAAAGGACUUUGAGCUCGAGGAGACUGAGGACGAGAAGAAGGAACGCGAGGAAGAGGAGAAGGAGUACGAAGCCCUCGCCAAGGCCCUCAAGAACGUUCUUGGCGACAAGGUUGAGAAGGUCGUUGUAAGCCACAAACUCGUCGGUGCGCCUUGUGCUAUCCGAACCGGUCAGUUCGGCUGGUCAGCCAAUAUGGAGCGUAUCAUGAAGGCGCAAGCCCUCCGUGACACAUCAAUGUCUUCAUACAUGUCGUCGAAGAAGACCUUUGAAAUCUCGCCUAAAUCACCAAUCAUUAAAGAGCUGAAGAAAAAGGUUGAGGCGGAUGGCGAGAACGACCGCACUGUCAAGUCUAUCACUCAAUUGCUCUUUGAGACAUCUUUACUCGUCUCUGGAUUCACAAUCGACGAGCCUGCUGGCUUCGCUGAGCGUAUCCAUAAGCUCGUUUCCCUUGGUCUUAACGUUGACGAAGAGGCCGAGACCUCUGAGGAGAAGGCGGCGGAGGAAGCAACUCCAGCUGCCGAAGGUGCUGGCGAGAGCGCUAUGGAGGAGGUCGACUAA